AUGCUUAAUUCACCUCAUUCUCCAUUGGAAAUCAUCAACACGGAACUAGGAUGGUUGAACGAAGCUGAAGAUCAAAAUCUGUCUGUUGAAGAUGUUGAUGAUGAAGCUACAGAUGCUGGUGAUUACUGCUCAGAGUAUGGUUCUUCUUUGGAACAAGAACCAGAUUCAGAAGAUAAUCAAAAUGUUUUGAGUCGAUGGGACGAAGCUGAAGAUCAAGAUCUGUCUGUUGAAGAUGUUGAUGAUGACGUUACAGAUACUGGUGAUUACUGCUCAGAGUAUGGUUCUUCCUUGGAACAAGAACCAGAUUCAGAAGAUAAUCAAAAUGUUUUGAGUCGAUGGGACGAAGCUGAAGAUCAAGAUCUGUCUGUUGAAGAUGUUGAUGAUGACGUUACAGAUACUGGUGAUUACUGCUCAGAGUAUGGUUCUUCCUUGGAACAAGAACCAGAUUCAGAAGAUAAUCAAAAUGUUUUGAGUCGAUGGGACGAAGCUGAAGAUCAAGAUCUGUCUGUUGAAGAUGUUGAUGAUGAAGCUACAGAUGCUGGUGAUUACUGCUCAGAGUAUGGUUCUUCUUUGGAACAAGAACCAGAUUCAGAAGAUAAUCAAAAUGUUUUGAGUCGAUGGGACGAAGCUGAAGAUCAAGAUCUGUCUGUUGAAGAUGUUGAUGAUGAAGCUACAGAUGCUGGUGAUUACUGCUCAGAGUAUGGUUCUUCUUUGGAACAAGAACCAGAUUCAGAAGAUAAUCAAAAUGUGUACCAUCAAGAAAUGCUUCAUUUACCUCGUUCUCUAUUGUGA